AUGCAAGUGCUCCAGGCACAACACGAUUAUCGGAAAUCAAUGAUUCAACUGGCCACCUCCAACAUCAUGGUCAUUCUUGUCAUUGAGGACAGGAAAAGAGGAAGGUAUGCACUGGAACUGCACUCGAAAUAUCAUCGUAAUGUUCAUGCAACUACAUCUUGGUGCAAAGUGUCGCAAUCAUACGUGAAGGUCAUGUUCUUCACGUCCAAAGUCUUGUUCUCUGGAAACAUGUAUGAGACCCAUUCUGGUACAGCUGUCCGUGUAUUUGUUGUCUCUAUCUAUGAACACCAUUCAUGCCAUUUGGUGCUAGUCGCAUUGCUUAUCAGCUUUUCUGAUGAGGACAUUGUCACAGCCGAUCUCUUGCAGGACCAAUGGGCAUUUUGCAUAAAUGAGGAAGCACGAGAGUUCUGGGAAUUCCUCAGCAACCUGGCAAUGGCAAAGAAUGCAUCCAUUGAUGAGCAUCAUGCUCUCAGGAAACUCUAUGAGACCAUCCGUCUCUUGCCGGCUGGCAACAAUAUGGGCGAGUUCAAUGACAAUAUCACAGUCAUGUCGCUCACCAUGCUUGACACUCUAUUGUCAACUGGCAGCCUUUCUGUGGAGCCGCAGAACUUAUAA